AUGCUGGGUUCAUCUUCUCAAUUUAAGCAAAUCAUUGUAAAGAAAACAAACGUUCCAUAUGAAUUGAGAUUUAUUGACAUCAGAAAUUAUAUAGCGGGUGGGACAUUAGACCAAUUCACUCAAGAUUUCGGAAACAAUAAAUCACGUGUUAAAUCCUUUUUCCCUUAUCAAUUCAUCACAUGGGAAAAUUACGAAGAAGAAUUAUAUAAAGAGGAACCAUUCACUCAAGAUUCAUUUUAUUCAGCAUUAACACAAGAAACAAUAUCAGAUAGUGAUUAUCAAAUAUAUCUCAAUGAUGCUAAAAACUUUAAGAAUAGAUUAGAAUAUUUUAUUCAUUAUUGCAAUAAAGAUGUUGAAAUUAUGAUUGACCCAAUUGAUAAAAUUAUUGAAGAAACAUUUGUUUAUAAAAUUGACAUGCUUCAUAAUCUUUCUUUAUCAUCGAAUGCAUCAAUGAUUCGUUACGCUUUAGCAUAUAAAGACUUUAAUCCUAACGAAAAAUAUCCAGAAGAAGAAAAUGUGGAAUCAAGUUUUGAAUUAACGAAAAAGUAUUGGAAAUAUAAAAUUGAAUCAUAUAAGAAACAAGAUGAAAAAGCAGAAAGAGAUACUAAAAAUAAUGUUUCAAUGGAUGACUAUCAAUACUAUCACGAUUUAAUCCUUUCAUCUAAAUGCAAAAUGUGUGGUAAAGCGUUUACAUAUGCAAAUAAACCAACAUUGGAUAGAAUCGAUAAUGAAAAACCACAUACCAAAGAAAAUUGUCAGUUAAUGUGUUGUUAUUGCAAUAUCGUAAAAUCAAAUAAAGAUGAGGAUGUUCAACGUUUAAGAAUCAAUUUAAGAAAUUAUACAUUAAAAAAUAAUUUACCAAUGACUUUAGAUUCAGUUGAAGCUUAUCACAUUCUCCGUAAUGGAAUUACUGGUGGUCUAUCAAAUGUUCAACAUCGU